AUGGCUGUCUUCCGUGCCCAAGGCGACCCGCUCCGCGUAGACGAUGCUCAGCAAGACAUCAAGAUGCGAGGAGAGCUCAGGGGCCUGAUGGACGGCGGACUCGCGAACGUCUCCAGCGUCGCAGGCGCGCAGAUGGCGUACACCGCCAAACGGUACUGCACCACGAUCGUCCUGCAGUACCGCAUCAAACUCGUCGGCUGGCCCGACGACAUCGUCUUCGAUGAUCUCAGCCGCAUCGCGGGGGGGGAACGCAUCUCGCGCCUCCUCGCGCUCUGGAAGAGCGGCUCCAUGCACUUCGUCCCGCUUACAGACCCCGCCGAGCUCGACGCGGCCAAGAAGGACCCCCUCUUGGUCGCCCCUGCUCGUCUCCACCGCGGCGUCGCGCUGUAG